UGGAAGAGCUCCCGGCACUGCAUGGAGAUGAAGUCCCCGGCCAGUGGCGACUUGACGAUGCCUGCGGCAGCCAAUGAUGGCGGCUCCUGCGGUCACGUGGCGUGCAGCGCCGCCAAUGGGCGAAGCCGUCCGAAGGGAGGGGGCGGGUCCAAGCUACCGGAAGCGGAAGUGAACCGGCGGCGGGGACGCGGCGAGAAUGUCCUCAGGACCUACAGCAGCUCCGGGGGGGGGCUCCCCGGCCCCGCGGGGGGUUGACCCCCCCCCUUCCCGUUGCCGCCGCCGCCGAGGCCUGGCCCCGCGUCCCCCCUUCAUCCCCCCCCCCUCCUCCUCCUCCUCUUCCUCGGCCCCCCCCACGGACGUGUUCGUGACGGCCAGAACCGACUUCCGGGCCCAGCUGCGGCGCUGCCAGCGCCUCCUGGCGCCGUCGGGGGGGGGUUCGGCAGCGGCCCCCCCCUCCGAGCUGCGCCUGCACGGGCUGGGCCUGGCCGUGCCCCGCGCCAUCAACCUGGCCCUGCAGCUGCAGGCGGCCGCCCCCGGCGCCCUCCGGCUCCACGCCAGCACCUCCUCCGUCACCCUGCCCCCCCCCGGGCCGCCCCGGCGCCGCCGAGGGCCCCCCCAGAGCCACGAGGAGGAGGAGGAGGAGGAGGAAGAUGAGGAUGAGGAGGGGGCAGCCCCGCGGCCCCGCCAUAACUCGGCCAUUCACAUCCGGGUGUGCAGGGAAGCGCCCUGUGCCUGAGCAGCACCCAUGAGUGCUAUGGGGCACCCACAG